AUGGAUAAUGUUUCAGUAAUUACUAUGUUUACGCUCUCAGGUUUAAGUGGAACAGAAAACUACAGGGUCACUCUCUUUGUCCUCACUUUACUGUGUUACUGUGUGAUUUGGCUGGUAAAUGUGACCAUAAUUGUGACAAUCAUUGCAGAUAAAAACCUUCAUGAACCUAUGUACAUCUUCCUCUGCAAUCUGUGCUUCAAUGGACUGUACGGGACAGCAGGUUUUUAUCCCAAGUUCCUCUAUGAUCUGCUGUCCACCACUCAUGUUAUUUCUUAUGCUGGAUGCCUUGCACAGGGUUUUGUGUUGCACUGUUCAGUCGCUGCUGAAUUCUCUCUUCUAGCUCUCAUGGCCUAUGACAGAUACGUGGCUAUAUGUCGACCUCUGGUGUACCACUCUCUGAUGACUAAAGAAAGAGUUUGUACCUUUAUAUUUUUUGCUUGGCUUCUUCCCGUUUAUCUGAUGUUCAUGAGUACAAUAACAACAGCAAUAUCAAGGUUGUGUGGCUCACAGAUAACAAAGAUCUACUGUGUUAACUGGUUAAUUUCUAAUCUAGCUUGCUCUGCAUCUGUAGCUAAAACUGUUAUUCCAUCUUUUAAUUACACUUUUUGUUUUGGCCAUGUCAUUUUUGUCUUCUGGUCUUAUGUACAUCUGAUCAAAACAUGCCAGUCAUCCAAAGAAAACAGGAGCAAAUUCAUGCAGACAUGUGUACCACAUUUAUUCUCUUUGACAGUUGUUGUUGUAUCUUUGCUUUUUGAUUUGUUAUACAUGCGAUUUGGCUCAAAAGAGAUACCACAAAGUGUUCAGAAUUUUAUGGCAAUGGAGUUUCUCCUCAUCCCACCAAUUAUCAAUCCCCUCAUGUAUGGAUUCAAACUGACACAAAUAAGAAACAGAGUUUUGAAUUUCAUAUGUGUAACUCCACCCACCCAACACAGUUACAUUAUCGCCACAUGCGUGAUGGUGGCCCAAGGCAAGAACCUGAGGCGCCACAUCCUGCAGGACCAAGGAGGUGAUUUCACCUAUGACUGCACAGCACAUGUCGGACAGCACAGUGACAGCCUUUGA